AUGGAGUUCUUCAACCACUCGACUCGACCGGCGUAUCUCUAUGCCAUGGGCGAGCGAGGACCAAAUGCCAGCUCGCUCAUUGCUACUGUAUCCCUGGCCCUCCUCCUGGGCUAUAUAGUUUGGAUCGGAAUUUACCGACUCUACUUCAGCCCUAUCGCCAAAUUCCCUGGUCCCAAGCUGGCCGCCCUGACCGGACUCUACGAGGCGUACUACGACCUGGUCCCCAAGGGGGGUGGACAGUUCCCCUUCGAGAUCAAGCGCAUGCACGAGAAGUAUGGACCGAUUGUGCGCAUCAACCCGGAGGAGCUGCACAUUGACGACCCAGACUUCUACGACACUCUCUACCCGACCAGCAAGCCCUACGACAAAAUGCAACGGCUGGAAAAUCGCUUCGGGAUCCCUGGGGCGACCUUCAGCACGGCGCACCAUAAGGUGCAUAAGAUCCGCCGUGCCGCGAUCAGCCCCUUCUUCGCCAAAGCCAAGGUGCGCGAGCAGACGGGUGACAUCCAGGCGCUGAUGAACACCAUCUCCCGCCGGCUGACAACCGAGUAUGCAGGCACCGGACGUGUGCUGAACCUGCAUGACGUCUGGCGCUGUUUCGCAGCCGACAACAUCAUGGACCUGAUGUUUGGCUCCCCGCUGAAUCUCCAUCUCGAGCCAGAUUUCCGCGCUCCUUUCACCGGGGCCAUCACGCGAGUGACUAACUGGUCGCACGUCACUCGCUACCUGCCAAUCCUGGGUGCAGCCACCGACACGCUGCCGCCUUGGUUGGCCAAGCGUCUGUUUCCUCCAUUCGAGCCCAUCAUCGCGUAUCGCGAGGCGAGUAACCUCCUCUUUCGUGGCAUGGGCUGA